CUGCUAGUUGUCUCUAGCUUUCUACUGCGAAAAUGGACAUUGAGAACAAUUUUAUUGGUGAUUUUUUAAACGAUUUAGCCUAUAUUACGGACAAUGAAAGUAGCUCAGAGUCAAGUAAUGAAGAAGAAGACGAAGCAUACGCAAAACAAGUGAGAACAUAUCGUAGGAGCAAGUUAAUCCCGUUUUACAACACUCGCAAGGACAUCUUCACCUACUUUGAGGAAGAAAAGUUGAUCAAGACUUUCAGAUUUGACCGGGCAUCAAUUGAAAUUAUUCUAAGCUUAAUUGUUCACCUCUUGCCCAAGCGAAAGACCAAAGCUAAGCGGAACCUGGAGCCAAUUGACAUGCUAUUAGUAACACUGCAAUUCUAUGCCACAGGCACCUUUCAAAGUGUGGUUGGCAAUGUGUUACGCUACAGCCAAUCAUCAGUUUGUCGCUCAAUAUCCAUUAUUUCAUUGGCACUGGCUAUGAUAUCAAAAAAAAAGAUAGCAUUUCCAGCUGACCUUCUUACGUUGAAAAGAGAUUUUUAUGAGAUCGCUCGGAUGGCUGGUGUUGUUUGCUGUAUAGACGGCACGCACAUAAGGAUUGUGAGGCCCCAAAAUCACGAGAAAGCUUAUGUCAACCGCAAGAACUAUCAUUCUCUGAAUGUUCAGGUAAAUUUGUGGCCUUAAUUUAGAUUCUUAUAUGUUGUUUUGACUAUUCUUCAUCUCAUAUUCAGGCUAUUUGUGAUGCCAAUCAUCGUUUUCUCA